ACCAAAGUUGGAAGAGGUUGUAAAAACCCUUUGACUCUCUAUAGUGGAGUUCAUUGCUUCUUCUGGCUUCCUGAAGUUCACUUUCACAGGGUUACUGGCUGCAGAUUGCAAUUACCAUGUCUGAUUCAGUAAUUCUUCGCAGUGUAAAGAAAUUUGGAGAGGAGAAUCGUGGUUUUGAGUCAGAUGGAUCAUAUAACAAUGAUAAAAAUUCACGGUUACAAAAUGAGAAGAAAGGUGACAGCAGUCAAAUUGGCUUCUUUCAAUUGUUUCGAUUUUCUUCGACGACUGACAUUUGGCUGAUGUCUGUGGGAAGUUUAUGUGCAUUUCUCCAUGGACUAGCCCAUCCAGGCGUGCUACUCAUUUUUGGCACCAUGACAGAUGUUUUUAUUGACUAUGACACUGAAUUACAAGAACUUCAGAUUCCUGGAAAAGCAUGUGUGAAUAACACCAUAGUGUGGACCAACAGCUCUCUCAACCAGAACAUGACAAAUGGACUGCGCUGUGGGUUGCUGGACAUUGAAAGUGAAAUGAUCAAAUUUGCCAGUUACUAUGCUGGAACCGCAGUCGCAGUGCUUAUCACAGGAUAUAUUCAAAUAUGCUUUUGGGUAAUUGCCUCAGCUCGUCAGAUACAGAAAAUGAGAAAACUUUACUUCAGGAAAGUAAUGAGGAUGGAAAUAGGAUGGUUCGACUGCAAUUCAGUGGGAGAGCUAAAUACAAGAUUUUCUGAUGAUAUUAAUAAAAUCAAUGAUGCCAUUGCUGACCAAAUGGCCAUUUUCAUUCAGCGCAUGACCACGAGUCUCGGUGGGUUCCUGCUGGGAUUUUAUCAGGGCUGGAAACUGACCUUGGUUAUUAUUUCUGUCAGCCCUCUCAUCGGAAUUGGAGCAGCCAUCAUUGGUCUGAGUGUGUCCAAGUUCACUGACCAUGAACUGAAGGCCUAUGCCAAAGCAGGGUCAGUAGCUGAUGAAGUCAUUUCAUCCAUUCGAACAGUGGCUGCUUUUGGUGGUGAAAAAAGGGAGGUUGAAAGGUAUGAGAAAAAUCUUGUGUUUGCCCAGCGUUGGGGAAUUCGGAAAGGGAUAGUGAUGGGAUUCUUUACUGGAUUCAUGUGGUGUCUCAUCUUCUUGUGUUAUGCGCUGGCCUUCUGGUAUGGCUCCAAACUUGUCCUGGAUGAGGGAGAAUAUACAGCAGGAACCCUUGUCCAGAUUUUCCUCAGUGUCAUAGUAGGAGCCUUAAAUCUUGGCAAUGCAUCUUCUUGUUUGGAAGCCUUUGCAACUGGGCGGGCAGCAGCCACCAGCAUUUUUGAGACAAUUGACCAGAAACCUGUCAUUGACUGCAUGUCAGAAGACGGUUACAAGUUGGAUCGAAUUAAGGGUGAAAUUGAAUUCCAUAAUGUGAGCUUCCACUAUCCUUCCAGACCAGAGGUGAAGAUUUUAAACAACCUCAAUAUGAUCGUUAAGUCAGGGGAAAUGACGGCUGUGGUAGGGUCCAGUGGAGCCGGGAAAAGUACAGCCCUGCAGCUCAUUCAGCGAUUCUACGACCCCAGUGAAGGCAUGGUGACUUUGGAUGGCCAUGACAUUCGCUCUCUUAACAUUCAAUGGCUUAGAGCUCAGAUUGGGAUAGUGGAGCAAGAGCCUGUUCUGUUCUCCACCACCAUUGCAGACAAUAUUCGCUAUGGAAAAGAAGAUGCAACGAUGGAUGAUAUAGUCCAAGCUGCCAAGGAAGCCAAUGCCUACAGCUUCAUCAUGGACCUGCCACAGCAAUUCGACACUCUUGUUGGAGAAGGAGGAGGCCAGAUGAGUGGCGGCCAGAAACAAAGAGUAGCCAUUGCUAGAGCCCUUGUCCGAAACCCCAAGAUCCUGCUUUUGGACAUGGCCACCUCAGCACUGGACAAUGAGAGUGAAGCCAUGGUACAAGAGGCGCUGAGCAAGAUUCAGCAUGGGCAUACAAUCGUUUCAGUUGCUCAUCGCCUAUCCACGGUCAGAGCUGCAGACGUCAUUAUUGGUUUUGAACAUGGUACAGCAGUGGAAAGGGGCACUCAUGAAGAAUUGUUGGAAAGGAAAGGAGUUUACUUCACUCUAGUUACUUUGCAAAGUCAAGGAGAUCAAGCCCUUAAUGAAGAGGACAUAAAGGGAAAAGAUGAAACAGAAGAUGCCUUACUUGAGAGCAAAGAAACCUUUAGUAGAGGGAGCUACCAGGCUAGUUUAAGGUAUUAUUUCCUUGCUUUCUGUCUUGUAAAGACUUUUUCACUUCUUGACAAAGAAGAACAAAGGUCACAGAUCAAUGGUGUGUGCCUGCUGUUUGUAGCAAUGGGCUGUGUAUCACUUUUCACUCAAUUUUUGCAGGGAUACGCUUUUGCUAAAUCCGGAGAACUCCUCACAAAAAGGCUACGUAAAUUUGGUUUCAGAGCAAUAUUAGGGCAAAACAUUGGCUGGUUUGAUGACCUCAGAAAUAGCCCUGGAGCACUGACAACAAGGCUUGCUACAGAUGCUUCCCAAGUUCAAGGGGCUGCUGGCUCUCAAAUCGGGAUGAUGGUCAAUUCCUUCACUAAUAUCACUGUGGCCAUGAUCAUCGCCUUCCUCUUCAGCUGGAAGCUAAGCCUAGUCAUAGUGUGCUUCCUCCCUUUCUUGGCUUUGUCGGGAGCUGCACAGGCCCGGAUGUUGACAGGAUUUGCCUCUCAAGACAAGCAGGCUCUGGAGGUUGCAGGCCAGAUUACAAAUGAAGCCCUCAGUCACAUCCGCACUGUUGCUGGAAUUGGGAAGGAACGGCAGUUUAUUGACGCAUUUGAGAGAGAGCUGGAGAAGCCCUUCAAGACAGCCAUUCAAAAAGCAAAUGUUUAUGGAUUCUGCUUUGGUUUUUCUCAAUGCAUAGUAUUUGUUGCUAAUUCUGCUUCCUACAGAUAUGGAGGUUACUUAAUCCCCAAUGAGGGGCUCCAUUUCAGCUAUGUUUUCAGUAGGCAAAAGACUGCCUACCAUGGUGCCUUUCGACAGAUGAUAGAUGGGCAUGACAGCAAAAAGGUAAAUGUCGAGUUUCUCCGCUCGAACAUUGGAAUUGUUUCCCAGGAACCAGUGUUGUUUGCCUGUAGCAUAAUGGACAAUAUCAAGUAUGGGGACAACACCAAAGAAAUUCCCAUGGAAAAAGUCAUAGAAGCUUCAAAGCAGGCUCAGCUGCAUGAUUUCGUCAUGUCACUCCCAGAGAAAUAUGAAACUAAUGUUGGGACCCAGGGGUCUCAGCUCUCUCGGGGAGAGAAACAACGCAUUGCCAUUGCCCGGGCCAUUGUGCGAGAUCCCAAAAUCCUGCUACUCGAUGAAGCCACUUCUGCCUUAGACACAGAAAGUGAAAAGACGGUGCAGGUUGCCCUGGACAAAGCCAGAGAAGGUCGGACCUGCAUUGUCAUUGCCCAUCGUCUGUCUACCAUCCAAAACUCGAAUAUCAUUGCAGUCGUGUCCCAGGGGCUAGUGAUUGAAAAGGGAACCCAUAAAGAAUUGAUGGCCCAGAAAGGAGCCUACUACAAACUAGUCACCACAGGAGCCCCCAUCAGUUGAUCUGACUCAAGAGCUUCACGAACAGAUGAUGCACCAAUUACAGGAGUGCCUUGGGUUUUGUGUUUUCUUUUUAGGAGAAAUGAUGAUAUUUUACUUUUAUACAUGGUGUCACAUAUUGGGAUCCAAGCUAAUUUCUAAUGAUCUUCAAAAUAAUUUAGCUUUAAAUGUCUGUAUAUAGAAAAUGGAACAAACCUGAUCCAGUGUGAAUGAAAGCCAAUGUUUAGCAGCUGCUCAGGCACCACUCAGUGCCUCCUCCAUGGAAGGGCCAGUCCCCAUUAUUACAUGGCAACUUGUGAGAAUCUUAGAGUAGAUGAGACUUCCAACUCAUCAAGGGCAGAGGAGUUGUUCUUUUUUUCAUUCUUGAACCUAUAAUUUGUCAGCCUGAAGACAAUAAAUGUGGGGACUGUCCAUUCUUCCCAUUAGGAUAGAGCAGUGCCUUUCAAUUGAAAUAUAAUAUGAGCCACUGAUGCGAGCCAUAUAUGUAAUAUAAAAUUUUCUAGUUUCAUUAAAGAGAGGAAAAGAAAAAGGUGAAAUCAAUGUUAAUAAUAUAUUUUAUUUAACUCAAUAUUUCCAAAGUAUUGUCACCACCACAUGUGCUCAAUAUAAAAAUUAUUAAUAGUUUAAAUUACUUUAUCAUACUAAACGUUCAAACACUGAUGUGCAUUUAUACUUACUGCAUACCUUAAUGCAGACUAGCCACAUGUUAAGUUCUCAGUAGCAAAAUGUGACUAGAGGCUACUCAAUCAGACAGACAGGGUUAAAAUAUCCUGGUUCAUGGAUUUCCUGGCCUGAGCCUCAGUUGUUCCUUUAUGAUUCGAAUCUUAUAAAAACAUGAGCCCAGCUUCUCCCUUGAAAUGUGUCCUUAUACUGUACUCAGAAACUUUGGGAAACUUAUUUAGGCAAAGAUCAUGUGCUCAUUUGGACUAGCAAGAGACCUUGGUAGAAUCAGACAUCAUGAGGUCAGAAGUUACAAACAGAAUCAUAUUGGCCCUUAUUAGAGUGGCUAAAAGUCUUUACACGAUUCCUCCUAUUUGAUUCACCUGGUUGAGUUAAGUGGCCAGAAGGGAAAGAACUAAGAUUGUUUAGUGUGACACAGUGUAACUUUAAAAACUGUCAUAUUAUCUAAUUCCCCUGAGGUCCUCUUUCUCAAGUAAGUUUAGUUCCAAUUAAUUUAUAAGAAUCAUUUAUGAUUUUUUUCUAUACACAGUUCUUAUGAAUUAUUGGAACAGCACAUUUUCUAACUUAUUUUGAGAAGAGAACUUUAGUCAUUUGGUGCAUCUCAUAAACCAGAAAUGCUGCUACUUUUUGAGAAAAAAAUAGAAGAGUUGGCCUCUGGAUUCUUUUGUCUAGAAGCUCUUUUUCAUAUAGUUAUUCUAUGUCUACUCUACAUAUGCUUUUAGAAAAUUAUUUCAAUGAAAAGACACUUUGAAUUUAGUGGUGCUUUUAUACAUAUAAUUUUUAGCAAUUAUAUGCUCAUUUAAAAAUGUAGAUCCUGGAAUAUUUUGAUACUGUGUCCUGAAAGAGAAAAAUAAAUAGGGAUCAAAAUCAGGUAUAGUUUGCCACAUAUUUAUUCAUGAAUUAAAUGUAACUUUCCUAUCCUAAGAAAAUAUCAGAAUAUUCUCAUCAGGUUGGUGUAGGAUUCCACCUCAUAUUUCCAACUAAGUGUUGGAUUUAUCAAUAUUUCUCAUGCAUUUAGAAUCUCUCUAUAAUCAGGUCACAUAAGGAGGUUAGUAGAGAUUAAAAACUUGCAAAUUAGGUUGCUGUUUCCAAACACAUUUUGAAAUAAAUUUACAUAUGGAUAUGUGCCAUUAUAAAAUAAGCAUUGUGUUUAUUCAUAUUUACUUUACAUUUUCAGAUCAAGUGAAUAAUCUCACCUACCUAUAAGAGAUGGCAGAUAAAAGUAACUUAAACUUUGAAACCCAAUUCCAAUUUCUUUCACACUGUGUUCAAUUAAAAGCCCAAUUAAUUUAAAUGGAUGGACUGUAAAUAAAGCAGUGUACACGAUUAUCAUCUAAUUGGCACUGGCCAACAUUAUAAUGUUCUCAUUAGUGAGUUGUAUGGUAUCGUCAGGCUCAUAAUGAGUAAUCAGGGUACACAUGAUUGGCAUGUAGCUGUCUGGAUGCAAUUACUCAAUGCAAUAAAUCAGCACUAGGACAAAAUUUGCAGUAGAUAAAGGAAGAAGAGAACACAUAGCCAGCUGGUGAAUUGGCAGUUCCCGCCUAUUUAUUAUUCAGGUACAGCUCCUACUCCCAGAUACAAAGAGAUAAAUGUGAGGACAACAGAAUAGCUGGAGACAGAAAGAGAAAUGUUCACCCAAGGUGACCCAGAAUAAGUGCCUACAAUUAUUAAGAAUGAUUAUAGAAAAGAGAAAAUAAUGCUAUUUACUGGUUAAGAGUAUAUAUUUUUGAUAUAUCAAGUAUGGAAUCAAAGUAAGACAUAAACAAUGUUUUCAUAAAAUUCCUUAGAAGUUGAAAAUUCAAUUAAUCAUUUAAAUAUACCUCAAGAUAAUAUUCACGAAGCAUUUUAUAAUUUAGAAAGCAUUUUGCCUUCAUAAGCUUUGUAAGUUAUUGUGAAACCAUCUAGCAGGCUGCAGAGAAGAAAUGCAGCCGUAAGUUGCAUUCAUUGUUACAUAUAUAUGAGAAGUCCCUAUGGCAGGUGUCAUAGGUUUUUCUCACCAGACAGUCAGUCCUAUACCCUUUUCCCUUGCUUGCCUCUAUUACAGAAGCUGGAAAAUAAUUACCUUCCCAGACUCUCUUGCAGCUAGGAAAGGCCAUGUGACACUGUUCCAGUCAAUGAAAUAUAGAGCACAAGUCUCUAUGAAGGCUGUCUCUUCUGGAAUAAGCCUAUGUUAAGCAGAGCCUGUUUUUCUUCCCCAUUUCUUCUUUCCUGGAAGCACAGUAGCCAUGCUGUGGUCUUUUGGACAUGACCACGAGUGGCGGAACAUGAAGAAAGACUGAGCCUGAUUUCUUGACAUCCUUAAAAAGUUGCUCUAGCCUGGAUUGCCUACCACCAGCCAUCCUAUUACACAAGAAAAAGAUACCUCUCACUUGUUUAAGUCCUGAAGCCAUUUUUUAUAGUUGUAGUUGUUGUUAAUUAUGGAUUAACAUAAUCUUAAUAGAUACAAUUAGAUUUGUAUUGAUGAAAAUACUGAAAUAUCAGUAUGAAGAAAAUAAUGCCAUGUUGAAUUAUUGAUGUGUGUUUAAAUGACCUUAAAAUAUGACCUUUAUAUCUAGAGUAUUCAAAAAUGAUUGAUUGAAAGAAGGAAUUAAUCCUAGUCUUUUUUCAAAUGUCACUGCUGUGAAAAGGAGAUAUCACUGGGUGCAAAUCCUCCCAGCUUAUUUAGUGGUUUUCCAGGAAUAGUCCAUGUACCCUGCUUUAUUAUGCUUUACGUGAGUGAGGCUUUUACUUAGGGACUUGGCGUUUUGUAAUUAUGCUUUCUCGCCUUCUCACAUGAUAAAAUUGGUGUUAGACUGGGAAUAAUCUGGAUUCCAUCGGCAGGAUAUAGCCAAAGUUGAAAAGAAAGUGAUUCAAGAAGAUAAAUUUGAAGCAGAGUAGGUUAGAAGAGAUGGGGAAUAAUAUUACGGGCUAACUUGGAGCUGGAUAGAGUCUCAGUUCAAUCCUUCCAAGCCCACAGGCCAGAGAUAGCCCUGGCAUCACAGCUACAGCAGGUGAGCCUGGAACCCCUGGGGACCUCCCAGGGAAAGGCCUCUAUUGAACUCAUCCUUGCAUAUCCAGCACCUAAAAGAAUAUAAUAAGUGUUUGUCAGGUAGGUGGGUAGGGGG